AUGCAUGCCGGGAAAACAAUAAAAAUCCAAUAUGGCGACUUCCACGGGGCAAGAUGGAAAGACUGUCUGUACCUCGGAUGUGGAUCUAUUACUGCACCCUGAGCUGUUGUCUCAAGAGUUUAUGCAGCUGAUAUUAAGUGGGAAACAUGUCAGUACAAGGGACUGUGAGAGUCGGGACCAGCUCACAGAGCUUUACCUCCGGCAUGUCAUCCCGCGGCCGCAGAGGACUUUACCCGACAGCCGCUGGGGCAAGAGGAUGGAGAAGACCCGAGCGAGACAGACAGCGGCCGGUCACAGUUCCACUAACGACCACAAUAGGAAAAGGCCUCUGAUUGUGUUUGAUGGCAGUGCCUCUCACUCUGGCCCACUAAAAGUAAAGAAACCAGAGGGAACUACUGUGUCAGCAGGAAUCACUGACCGGUUAAAACCUCCUCCUGCUGCAAGCCUGUCCAACCCCAUCCGCAAGCUAUCUGGAAACACAUCUUCCUCAUCCAUUCAUUGCAGCACUGACACAGCGAGCCUCAAACGAGAAGCAAACCGCUCGGGUGAAAUUAAGUCUCCAGAGGUGAAGAAAAAGAUCCAGCAUGUGACAUGGCCCUGACCUCAGACCGCUAUUCACAUAGACCUGAUGUGAGCUCGGACAGAUCGCUCCUUUCCCACCAAAUGUUGUCCAGUAUUUGUGCUCUUCCCCUCACAGUUAUUGAACUAAUUACAUCACAAAAUGGAUGGAAACCCUUUUUACCUCUGUGUCCAGGCCACCUCACAGCUCUCGCUCAGUCCCGAGAGCUGACCUGAUGGGGUGGUGCUCCGAAGGUCAUCCAGCUUUUGAAGUCGCCAGCUUCCUUGUUGCUUUCCACAACCUCAAGUGCCCUUUCCAUCGAUGACCAGCAACUCUCCUCAAGUCUCACACGUGAACACCUUCUAGAGGACAAAACAAGUGACACUUCUUUUGUUUUCUGAAAUGCUGUUUAUGGGAAUUAUGGUUGUUGAUGUUCUUGUUUCUGUGCACGAGUUGGUUUUGGUCAGAGGGCCUCCAGUACUGGCUUGCAAGGGUUAAAGGGUGAUUUUCCUGCCAGGUUUUGUUUAACAUUUUGUAAUUGGUAGUACCAUGACUUAAAUAGACAGAUUGUUUUUGACAUAAAUGUCAUAGACUCUCAUAGUUUGAGAUUUUGACUGAUGGACAUAUCUAAUAAACAUUGUGAACACGUUA